AUGGCACUCAGCAGGACGGCGAAGGAAACGCGGCUCGAAGAGCUCCGGACGGUGUUGGGCAGGGCAGAGAGCGUCAUCCUGGUCGACUUCAAGGGGCUCGACGUCCCGCAGGUGACCGAGUUACGCCGGAAGGUGCGGGGCGCGCAGGCAAGCUACCGCGUGGUGAAGAACUCCAUCGCGCGGCGCGCGCUCGAGGGGACGUCGUUCGAGGCCCUGCGUGACCGGGUGACGGGGACCACCGCCGUCGCAUACAGCAGCGACGACCCGGUGGCCCUGGCCCGGGCGCUCGUCGAGUUCGCGAAGGAUGUCCCGGCGCUGACGGUCCGGGCUGCCGUGGUGCAGGGCCGGGCGAUCGACGCGGAGGCCGUGACCGGGCUGUCCGCGCUGCCGGGGAAGGAGCAGCUGUACGCCAAGCUGCUGAUGCUGCUCAACGCUCCGGCGACGAAUGUUGUGCGCGUGCUGAGCGGCGCGGCGCGUGAUCUCGUGACCGUGCUGGAUCAGGUGCGAGAGAAGAAGUCUAAGGAGGAAGGAUGA